AUGAUUACACCAUACACACUGCGGCUGUUGGCCUACGCCGUGGUCAUCGUCGGCCUCAUCAAGAUCAUCAUUGCAAGGCUACAGUCGCCUCUGGCCAAACUACCGGGGCCCAAAUAUACCUCUUUCACGUCCCUGGUGCUCAAAUACAAAGAGCUUACGCACGGUCGACGGGUGUACGUGCAUGACUUGCAUCAGAAGUACGGGCCAGUCGUCCGGCUGAGCCCCAAUGAGGUUUCAUAUGCCACCGUCGAUGCCGCCAAGGAGAUAUACCUGUCCGGAGGAAGUGGCUAUGAUAAGACGCCCUUCUAUACGCUGUUCACCCAGUUCGGCACCCGGACUCUGUUUUCCACCCUUCCAAGAGCAGAUCACAGCUACAUGAAGCGGUAUUUGGCAGAUCGGUACGCCAACACAAAUAUCAUGAAGCCCGAGGUGCUAAAUGGCAUCUCCAACCAUGCAAAGGAUUUUUUGAACAAGUGCAUGGAAAAAUGUUCGUCUCCGGACGGAUUUGCCGAUGUCUACGUCCAUCUUCACUGUUUCGCCCUGGACGGCGUCACUCACCACCUCUUCCAUCCUUACGGCACGCAUGCCAACGUCAACGACAAAGACCUUCGUCUCAUGCAAGAACUGUCGUAUCAUGACAGUCUGGCCAGCAACUACAUCAUCUACUAUGUGCCCGCGCUAACCAAGCUGGUGGCCUACCUCAGCCCUCCGAAGCUGAGUCCACUAUCGAAUGAGUACGUGCUCAAGACCAGCGCGGCUAAGGACCCGUCUGCCCACAGCCUCCUGUCCAAACUGCAAUCGCACGCCAAAGCCACGCCCAGCAUGCCUCCCUACGGUGUCCCUGCCGAAUGCAAAGACCACUUGGCCGCCGGCGUCGACACCACCGGCGACACGCUAUGCUUCCUCAUGUACCAACUUUCCUUGCCCACCCCAGCUUCGACACGGGUCCAGUCCCUUCUACACCAGGAACUGGUCCAAAACCCAACCGUUCCUUUCGACCAACUGCCUUACCUGGACGCGGUGGUCAAAGAAGGUCUUCGCUGUUUCCCGCCCAUUCCCAUGUCACUGCCCCGUUUCGUGCCAGACGGAGGAAGUACGAUUGAAGGAUACUGGGUUCCUGGAGGUACCAUUGUCAGUUGUCAAGCCUGGACCCUCCACAAGGACCCAAAUGUAUUUCCUCAGCCACUUGAAUUCAUCCCGGAGCGAUGGUUGGACGAGGACAAGGAAGCCGUGACGGAAAGGAAUAGAUGGUCAUUUGCUUUUUCUGUGGGUGGAAGGGGAUGUUUAGGAAGACAUCUGGCCAUCGCAGAGAUGAAGACCCUCCUACGCGAGGUUUACUCCCAGUGCCGGACCACCUUGUCUCCGCACAUGACGGGCGACAUGCAGAUGGAGGAUCAGAUCAUUGCGACACGGCCCAAAGAUCAGACUUGCAAGCUUGUGUUUGAGAAGAUCGGUCAAACUUGGGCACUACAGUAA